AUCAGUGAUUUGAGUCGAAAAGACUCACCGCAAAGCUGGCCCCACUGCCCUGCCCAACGUCAAGCACACCCACACACACAGCAGAGUCACACCACAUCAACAUCGAUGCACAGCAACAGACUUGCCAACCUCCGUUCAGAGAGAGCUUAACGGAAGGAUUGGAGAGUCGCGCCCAUUUUCCCUUGUGGCUGGUGUUGCCACAGGCUACGGCAGAGACCGUUUUGUUCUGCCUUCUUCUGCCGCUGUGGUGUGUUUGGAGGAGGUUGGCAUACAUACACGUACCUGCUGCGUUUUGCAGACAUCGCGUACUACCACUGCUCUCGCUCAACCUGGGGGGAAGGCUUGUCUUCUCAGAGGACGAGAGCCGGCAGCGGCGGCAACGACCAUGGGGAACAUGCUUGACAUGAGCAUUCACGAAUACGCAGAGGCUGGCGAUUUGGAAGGGAUGCGGCUCUACGUGGAGGCCGGGGGAAACGUGAAGAAGAGGGACUUCUUCAACAACACCGCGCUGCACCGGUCGGCGUCGAUGGGCUUCACCGCCAUCACGGGGUAUCUCUUGGAGUCCGGGGCCGAGGUGGAUGCUGUAGCCAACGACGGCUGGACGCCGCUUCAUUUGGCAUGUCGAUGGGGGCGCGUGGGAGCGAUCAAGGCCCUCGUGCAGGCUGGGGCUGACGUGAAAAAGACCACCAACGACGGGCGGAUCCCGGCAGAGCUCCUCAAGGUCGAGAUGUCUCCCAGGGAUCGGAACGAGGCCCUCAAACUCCUGGGAAGCUCACCAUCGGUGGCCGGCUUCAAGCAUGCAAGCGAAGUCGGCGACGAGUGACGGUCAAGUGGAUUGGGUCAACGCCUUCUCCAAGAUACGUUUCUCUCUUGACGAAUUGAACGCACGCGCCGGAAUAACCACGCUACACACGAGGUACCCAUCACGAACGGAUUUCCCACCCCCGGCGCCAGACAUUUUUUUUUGUUGUCCAGAUCGCGAUGUGCUAUUAUAUUAACCGCGCUUGGGUGGGUGUGCAGGGUGUGCCUGGGUGUUGGUGGCUGCGUUGCUGCGGGCUGACAAGCGCCGAUUGUCUUCAUGUUUGGCGACCUCUUAUCGAGAGGCUUCGGCGAAUUGGGGGGUAGAAAGCGGAGGCGCCUGGCAUGUUUGUGAUACGUACCUCGUGUAGGACAGAUUAGUAGUUGUUGGGAGGCUAACUUUUUUAGAAGAAGCGCUGCUAGUCAAAUGGCUUGAUUUCGGCUUCGAUAGGUGGUGCUUGAGAAGCAACGCCCUCCAGAGUGGGCUUUCGGCGUACGUUUUCGGCGUACGCGUGUACUGAGUAUUUUCUGUUUCGAAAGCGUUCGACGUAAGUCGCGCCGCCGCCCGGUCACACGCUUGUGCUUGUGUGUGUUUGAUGUUUUUGUAAGGUUGACUCCAGCGAUAAUGCCCCUCUUGCGGCGACGGUUCAACGCUUGCUGUAGGAGGGAUGGAGGGUUCGGGGCCGACAUUUUAAUGUUCCGCACGUGAUGAUUCAUCCCUGGUGUGCAGCUUGAAAUAUCGUGCUUCGUGAGGCAGACCAGACCAUUGAGAGUAGCAUUCCCUCACCUCAGAUUCGCCGACCUUCUUGCUAGGAGAAGAAACUCUUUGCUACUGAAUACCGCGCACCACAUGACCCAGAAUGUAGAUGGAUUGGCAUCAGAACCCCCAACUCAUUCUUUGGUGUCACACGUAGCGUGCUUUUGGUGCACCUCGUACCUUCGCGGCUUGCUCGAUGGCGUAUUUCGCAUCAACAGCUUUGACAUGCCAAAUGGGGAGGGGUCCGCAUCGUGUACGCCAUAUAACGUUGUGAUAGCCGGGGUUUGUUUUGUGGUUGAGGUUUAGUUUCUGUAGCCCCGCAGAAAAGGUGGCGUUUUUCGUUGUCAAGAGCCGCACCUCCAUUCCCCAGGGCGAAAGCGCUCUGGGCAAGGAUUCCAGACUGAACGUGGAGGUACGGAAGGGCCUUUAUGAUAUUUUUCGUAACCUCCUUGGUGUGGUGCCUUCGUCUGUAUUCCCCCGCCGGCUUCGCGUGGGAGGUCAUAAUUCCUGGCCAGCUUGAUGGAGUUGGAACAGAAUAUCAAACUGCUUUGCGUUCGUACGCGUUUUCCGUGACAAUGGGCAGAAGGACUUGUUUCUUUGUGAAAUUGUAGAACCGAGGUGAUCGCACACUAUUUUCAAGACAAAAAGGUGGGGUACAAGGGGGGUGGGCAAUAGGAAACCAAGACAUGACGUUGAACCGAUGAACAGGCGACUAGGGAUAUGCCGUGUGGACCUUUCGGGUACUCUGGCGAAGUGAUGAGUCGAGGAUAGGGACAGCUGUGGUGAGAUCUACUGCUGUACACAGGUAUCAAUUGUACAUUGUAAAAUUUCAGGAAGAGUCCAUUUGACAUGUCAAGGUUAACAUUUACUCAAAAUAGUCUGAGGAUAUGGGUUUGUCUCCACAUAUCCUCCGGAGGAUACUGUUUUUCUAUUUUGGGAUUUGUGCCGUCACCUUAAAGAAAAUGUUCUGAAAACGCUAUGGGCAUACGCUGAAUGCAAUGGGUUUUUGUCGUCGUUUGGUGGCCAUUCUUACCGAUUUUUUUCGAAAAUCUCGGGUUGUUGCUCGGGGUUUCUAUUUGCGGGCUCGCGGGGGGGGAAGAGGAAAUAACCACAUCACGCAUUUUCAGGUUUGUUUGCUCACUUGGGCGUUGCUCUAGCUUUGUGUAGAGGAGGAGAGACAGGUAGGUGUGACUCAACAUCUUGUUUGGGCAGUCCUGUUCCCCUCUCCUUGUCUAAGGCAGCGGCCUGCGCACACAAACAGAAGACGACGUUAUUUGCGUAAAACUCGGGCGGAGGACCUCCUGGAAUAGGUCGCU